CAUCAAUAGCUUUUGUUUGUUCUACCUUUCUUUUUUUAAUAAAAUUAUUUUAAUAUGGUUUUACCAGUAACAACGGCAAAUAAUGUCAAAGUAUAUACUGUAUCAGGUGGACUUGGAUCAAGAUCUAUUCCUGAUUGGCUUGUACGUAAAAAGAAGAAGGCUUUGAAAAAGGAUUUUGACUAUCGAACUCGAGUGGAACUUCUUCAAGACUUUGAAUUCCCUGAAGCUUCUAAUAAGAUCAAGAUUACAAAGGAUGGAAACUUUGCUGUGGCAACAGGAACUUAUAAGCCUCAAAUGCGUGUAUAUGAAUUUGCUGAAGUUUCCAUGAAAUUUGAACGACAUACUGAUGCUGAAACUGUUAAUUUUGAAUUAUUAUCGGACGAUUGGACGAAAUCAGUAUUAUUACAAAACGAUCGAUCUAUUGAACUACAUGCUCAAGGAGGGAUUCAUUAUCGAACUAGAGUACCCAAGUUUGGACGUGAUUUAGCUUAUCAUUUUCCUUCAUGUGAUGUUAUGGUGGCUGCCUCGGGUAGUGAAGUAUAUCGAUUGAAUCUGGAUCAAGGACGGUUUUUGAACUCUAUCCAAACAGAUGGUCAUGAAGGAGUGAAUUGUAUCAAGAUCAAUCCAGCACAUCAACUGUUUGGUAUGGGAACAAGCAAUGGGACGGUGGAAUUAUGGGAUCCUCGCUCCAAGGCUCGUGUAGGAAUAUUGGAUCAUUUACCUUUACCUCCAUCUCUAGUGAACAACACACCAACAGAAGUGACAGCAUUGGCAUUUAGAAAUGAUGGACUUAGCAUGGGUGUGGGUACAAACACAGGUCAUACAUUACUUUACGAUUUACGUGCAAGUGUACCUUAUAUGGUGAAGGAUCAUCAAUAUGGCUUUGAUAUCAAGAAUAUUCAUUUCCAUGAUGGUGUAGCAGCUGCUUCUAGUGGAGACGCGAGUACACAUGGUAGUGAUAAGGUUGUGGUGGCUGAUAAGAAGAUUGUCAAGAUUUGGGAUCGAAAUACUGGUAAACACUUUACUUCCAUUGAACCUGAAACUGAUAUCAACGAUGUAUGUAUGGUUGGUGACAGUGGUCUUAUGUUCACAGCUCAAGAAGGUAUUCAAAUGGGUGCUUACUAUAUUCCUCAAUUGGGUCCUGCUCCUGCCUGGGCAUCCUUCUUGGAAAAUCUGACAGAAGAAAUGGAAGAAAAUCCUAAUCGUGAUGUAUAUGAUGAAUACAAAUUUGUUACUCGUAAAGAAUUAUCUGCUCUUGGUUUGGAUCAUCUUAUGGGUACCAAUGUUCUUAAAGCUUAUAUGCAUGGUUUCUUUGUCGAUUUACGACUUUAUGAAAAGGCCAAACUUAUUGCCAAUCCAUUCGCUUAUGAUGAUUAUAAACAACAAAAAGUACGAGAAAAAUUGGAAAAGGAACGUGCAUCUCGUAUUCGUGCCAACAAACAACUUCCUGCUGUCAAUAAACAAUUGGCUAAACAAAUUUUGGAAGAUACCAACAAUAAUAAGAAAAAGAAGAACAAAAGCAAUGCAGCAGAAAUCAUGGAAGACAGUCGAUUCAAAGAUAUGUUUGCCGAUCCAGAAUUCGAAGUGGAUAUGGAAUCAAAGGAAUACGAAUUAUUACAUCCUGGUGCACGAAAACAACGAGAAAUGGAUGCCUUUGCUGCGAACUCUUCUGAUGAUGAUGAUGAUGAUGAUGAUCAAGCAAUGGUCAAUGAUUCUUCGGAUGAUAUGGAUUCUGAUGAUAGUAUGAAGAACAGUGAUGAUGAUGAAGAUAUCGUGGGCAAACUUCGCAAGGAACAACAACGUACCAUUGAAAAACCCAAACCUCUUACAACCAUUCGUAGUACUGAACGUAAAUUCAAGAGUAAUGACAAAUCAUUUGGUGCAAGAUUACAAUCCUCAAAGGCUCAAAAGAAAAAUGAAGGUCAUCGUGUUUCUCGUACUUCAAUGGGUGGUAUGGAAAUGUCCUUUAAACCAAAAUCUGGUAGUCGUCGUGGUGGUCGUCGUUGAUCAAGAAAUCUUUUGUAUUUUUUUUUGUAUGUUUAAGAUAGUUAUUAUUCUUUUUAUUAUUAUUAUUAUCAUUAUUAUACUUCCAUAUGUCACAACUCAACUUUUCAUGUACUUUUUUUUUUCUUUCUUCUCCAUCCUAUUUUAGAUGUUCAUACCUCUUUAUUAUUAUUUUGUUUACACACACUUCAUUCGCAUGUUUCACUCCAUUUUUUUUUGUCUACUAUUUACAUGGUACUCUCAAUUUUUUGUUACAUUUUUGUUCAUCAAUAAACAUCCAUCUCAUUCCACUUUUAA